CGCAGCAGCUCAGAUGGAGAGAAGACAGCUGACCUAAAACCCGAGUAACGUAAAAAUGAAACUAGAUGUUAUUGGUAUACUGCAAAAGGACUCUAGAAGUAAACGUUAUCAGACCUUACUUCAGUUUUUAAAAGAGAAUAAAUGGCUUGGGGGGAAUUUUGUUUUUCUUUUGAGCGACGUUCCAGUCACAUUCCACACCAGUUGGUGGCGGUAAUGCACCAUUCAGUUCUUUGACAACCGACAAUUAAAUUUAGAAGAAGAAAGAAGAGGCGACGAAGAGAAGAAACCGGCUUCUCUGUUCUGUUCUCAGCUUUCAAACAGAUAAACAUGAGCGAUCCCAUGAGGGUGUUGGUGACAGGUGCAUCCGGGUUGGUGGGCAGGGCCAUACAGCAUGUGGUGAAAGAAGGAGGAGCCAAGGAGGGGGAGGAAUGGAUAUUCCUGUCCUCCAAAGAUGCCAACCUCAUGAAUAUGGACCAGACCCGGGCAGUGUUUGAGAAACACCGGCCUACGCACGUCAUCCACCUGGCUGCUAUGGUUGGAGGGCUUUUCAAGAACAUGAAAUAUAACCUGGACUUCUGGAGGAACAACAUCUACAUCAAUGACAAUGUGCUGCAGGCAGCGCAUGAAGUGGGCGUGGUCAAGGUUGUUUCCUGCUUGUCCACCUGCAUCUUUCCUGAUAGGACGACCUAUCCUAUUGACGAGACCAUGAUCCACAACGGUCCACCUCAUGAGUCCAACUUUGGCUACGCCUAUGCAAAGAGGAUGAUUGAUGUCCACAACAGAGCGUAUUUACAGCAGCAUGGGCGUUGCUAUACAGCUGUGAUUCCCACUAAUGUGUUUGGUCCUCAUGACAACUUUAGCAUCGAAGAUGGUCAUGUGCUACCAGGUCUUAUACAUAAAGCAUACAUUGCUCAAAAGGGGGGGAAACCCUUGGUGGUCUGGGGCUCUGGCACACCUAGAAGACAGUUCAUCUACUCUUUGGACCUGGCUCGUCUUUUCCUCUGGGUCCUGAGGGAGUAUCCAGAAGUUGAGCCAAUCAUUCUCUCUGUUGGUGAGGAAGAUGAAGUGUCCAUCAAAGAAGCAGCAGAAGCUGUUGUUGAUGCAUUGGGCUUUAAAGGAGAAGUCGUGUUUGACACCAGUAAAGCAGAUGGACAGUUCAAAAAGACGGCCAGCAAUGCAAAGCUGUGCCGGUAUCUGCCAGACUUCACUUUCACCCCCUUCAACCAAGCUUUAAAGGAAACCUGUGAUUGGUUUGUUGCCAACUAUGACACAGCCAGGAAGUGAGAAGACUGCCAAAAAAAUCGGUGCUAAUUCUUGUUUCAUCUGCUGUUGUGUUGGUAAAGAAUCUGGUGGUGGAGAGAGAGCUCGUGGAGAACAAAGUGCUUCACAGCACAAACACAAGGCAGUUGGUGUUGAGUCUUACUGUUGUUGCCUUCUUUCUGCAGCACCAUACUGUUUUGUGCUGAAUGUUGGGUGCAGGACCUGGGACCCCUUUUCUGUACAUGGACUCUAUUUAGCUGGAUUCAAUCGUGGAUGAUUUGUCAGAAUACCAGUUUGAAAAGUAUUGGACUGAAAUGAUGCCACCGAGCCAUGGUGGCAUUAUUCUUGUGUCAGGAACUGGUUAGAAUCCUUGUCUGUGUAUAAAAGGUGGGUGUAGCUGCAGGGUCUAAAUUGUGAGCUAAUGCAGAAGUGCCUUAAACCUGUAUUCUUUUGAAUGGCCAGCAGGGGGUGACUCCUGCAAUUGUAAAAAGCAGUCCAGUCAUGUAGAAAUCUUUGCUCAUCCACAAUCUGUGACCUCAGUAAACACUUUCCUUAUGAGCUUGAGCUCUGUAGCUAAAUUGAAGUGUUAGUGAUUAUAAAGAGACGUUAAAUGACAAGUCUGUACCUUACCUCGUCACAUCUGGUUUCAAAACACCAAAUUGAUGAUUGCAAAAAUCGCAACAGCUUCACUAAGCAAAGGGUAAAAUCACAGUAGUGAAGUCCAUCUAUUGUAUACUGGCUAUGGUUGUGAUUGUGGACUCAGUGUUAGAGAAGCAUUUUCAAGAGACCACUGCAAAUCAUGAUCAUUUAGCAUACUUCUGUACUUGCAUUUAGAGGUGCCCCUCAGUCAAUAGGAAAUAAUACACAUAUGAAAGUUGCUACUAGUCUGUAGUAGGAGACAAAAAUAAUUUCCUUUCACGGCUCAACACAGCUAUAAAAUAAAAUUGAGAAAUUGUACUGCAAGGCCUUAAAGUCAUCACUGCUGAAUCCGUCCAGCUGCUGUGACGAAAGAGCGUUCUUCUUCUACGCCCUCUAAAUUCAGGUGCUUUCAGCUGGUUUUUCCAUUUAGGCGCUCUUUGUAUUUGCUUUUAAAAGGACUGACAUUAAUUGUGCUGUAGCCUAUUGAUUUAAAAGAAAGCUUUUCUGCCAUUUUUCUACUGUCCCUCACUACAUUUUUCUCUAGUCGAAUUUUAAAGGGUACUGACUGAGCUACAUGUAAGCUUGGAUGUCUUUUUUGUUUUUUUUCCUUCCCUCCCAGUUUUAACUUAAAUUGCAGAGUUGCUGAUUGUGGUUUCCAGUAUCAGUGUUACCAGCAGGAAGAGUUCAGUCAUCUCAGAUUUAAUCCAACUGUUUUAAUCUAAACUAGAUCAUCCAGCUGAGCAUGGAACGUUUUAGGAACGUACAGAUCGUGGGGUCUACUGUCCUUCAGUAAAAGAAAAAUGAUGUCAUCGUCUAUUCUACGACCCGUAUGAAGAAGUUUUAGAGUUUUAUUCACUGUGGUAGCGUUAAUCAUUUCAGCUGGGAAAUUAUGGGCUCAAAAUGUGGUCAUAAAUAUUUUGUACUUGUAAAUCAG